GUGAUGUCCAGCUUGGUUUCUGUACCGAAGUUAAUUUAUUUGAGGAUAUUUCCUUAGAACCGAGUAUGACCCCCAUUUGGGGGUUCAUUGAAAACGGCAAGACAGAUUUACUAAAGGCGCUUGUAGCCGUUUGGGAGUUUAGUCAAGUUUGGAGUCAUCACAAGUUUGCUUACAAUUUUCAGGGGUUAACUGGGUGCAGAGAGUUUGAUAAAUCAAAAUAUUCCCUGGCCGUCUUGGAAGAGAUCACCAGUUGCUUUUGGGUUGAGGCCCAGUCUCUACUUCUCCAAGUUCUUAAUGUCUCCAUCAGGAUUUUGUCUCCAUCAGGAUAAUGUCUCCAGGAUUUUCCACAGUGUAUCACCUGUGGUUUAGUAGCAUUUUAAUCUUUACUACCUGUUGCAAAUGUUCUAAAGACAUCUUAGUUGUGUCCUUAACGCCCUUUUGUGAGGUUAGGGGACAUAUCACAAUAUCUGAUUUAUAGAGGAGGGAAUGGGCAAAGAAGGAUGAGGUAAAUUAGGUUAGAUCCUAUAGCUAGUGAGGGGCAGGCCUGGGAAGGAAUUUUAGCCUUGGGCUGGUAACCAGGCAGGUAUUCCUCCUGUGGUUUGUGUGGUUCAUUCCUGAAAUAAAACCCAAUUCUACCCCAGUUCCAUGGGCUUCUGCCUAGUGAUUCUGACAAGAGCCUGGGCCCAGAGCCCAGGAGAAGUGUCAGAAAAAGUUACUUUCUUCCUGAUUCCCAGAAAGAUAGCUAUCCUGGGAAGGAGCUGCCUUGGUUCUUAAUGCAAUGGGUUGGAGUUUCUCUUCUUGAAAGAGCUUUCUGGCCCUGUUUUUCCUUAAUCUGGCCUAUCCAAAGUAGGUUUUGGUGCAAAAGUGAUUAAAGACUAGAAAGGGUCAAGACUGAUCUGGCUGCUACAGUUUCUGGGGCACAUGCUGCUUUGCCCUGACUGGACCUGGAGUGGUAGGGAGCAGGCAUGCUUGGCUAGGUGAUGAUGGCUCAACCAAUGAAAGAGCAGAGAAGUUGGGUACAUGUAAAGGGAUAUCCUCGUUCAGAGCACAACAGACAACUGUUCGAGCCCUUAUUGCCAGCCUGUCCCUCCUUUCCAAACCACUCUUCCCAUGUUUCUUUGAGGGGACCAGCAGGUGGAGAGACAGACAGGUCUUUGGAGGAGAGUAAGAUUUGAGACUUGUAUGAUCCUUCCUCCAUUCUGCCUUCCCAGAAGCUACAGCAUGAGCCAGUGGGCAAGUGGCCACCCACUGAGGGCUGCUGCUUUGCUGGUCCAGGAUCCUUUUAGGGUGAUUGGCUUGAAUUGCUGCCCCUGGUCUGACCUGUGCAUCAUUGUUUGGUGACACUCAACUAUCUUACCUGACUAGGAGAACUACGAUGACCCGCACAAAACCCCUGCCUCCCCAGUUGUCCACAUCAGGGGCCUGAUUGACGGUGUGGUGGAAGCUGACCUUGUGGAGGCCUUGCAGGAGUUUGGACCCAUCAGCUAUGUGGUGGUGAUGCCUAAGAAGAGACAAGCGCUGGUGGAGUUUGAAGAUGUGUUGGGGGCUUGCAACGCCGUGAACUACGCAGCCGACAACCAGAUCUACAUUGCCGGUCACCCGGCCUUCGUCAACUACUCUACCAGCCAGAAGAUCUCUCGCCCUGGGGACUCGGAUGACUCCCGGAGCGUCAAUAGUGUGCUUCUCUUUACCAUCCUGAAUCCGAUCUACUCUAUCACCACGGAUGUUCUUUACACUAUCUGUAAUCCUUGUGGCCCUGUGCAGAGAAUUGUCAUUUUCCGAAAGAAUGGAGUGCAGGCCAUGGUGGAAUUUGACUCUGUUCAAAGUGCCCAGCGGGCCAAGGCCUCACUCAAUGGAGCUGACAUCUAUUCUGGCUGUUGCACUCUGAAGAUUGAAUAUGCGAAGCCUACACGCUUGAAUGUGUUCAAGAAUGAUCAGGAUACUUGGGAUUACACAAACCCCAACCUCAGUGGACAAGGUGACCCUGGCAGCAACCCCAACAAACGCCAGAGGCAGCCCCCUCUCCUGGGAGAUCACCCCGCAGAAUAUGGAGGGCCCCACGGUGGGUACCACAGCCAUUACCAUGAUGAGGGCUACGGGCCCCCCCCACCUCACUACGAAGGGAGAAGGAUGGGUCCACCUGUGGGGGGUCACCGUCGGGGCCCAAGUCGCUACGGCCCCCAGUAUGGGCACCCCCCACCCCCUCCCCCACCACCCGAGUAUGGCCCUCACGCCGACAGCCCUGUGCUCAUGGUCUAUGGCUUGGAUCAAUCUAAGAUGAACUGUGACCGAGUCUUCAAUGUCUUCUGCUUGUAUGGCAAUGUGGAGAAGGUGAAAUUUAUGAAAAGCAAACCGGGGGCCGCCAUGGUGGAGAUGGCUGAUGGCUAUGCUGUGGACCGGGCCAUUACCCACCUCAACAACAACUUCAUGUUCGGGCAGAAGCUGAAUGUCUGUGUCUCCAAGCAACCAGCCAUCAUGCCCGGUCAGUCAUACGGGCUGGAAGACGGGUCUUGCAGUUACAAAGACUUCAGCGAAUCAAGGAACAACAGGUUCUCCACCCCGGAGCAGGCAGCCAAGAACCGCAUCCAGCACCCGAGCAACGUGCUGCACUUCUUCAACGCUCCGCUGGAGGUGACCGAGGAGAACUUCUUCGAGAUCUGUGACGAGCUGGGGGUGAAGCGGCCGUCUUCUGUGAAAGUAUUCUCAGGCAAAAGUGAACGCAGCUCCUCCGGGCUGCUAGAGUGGGAAUCCAAGAGCGAUGCCCUUGAGACUUUGGGCUUCCUGAACCAUUACCAGAUGAAAAACCCAAAUGGUCCGUACCCUUACACUCUGAAGUUGUGUUUCUCCACCGCUCAGCACGCCUCCUAAUUAGGUGCCUAGGAAGAAUCUCAUCUGAGCAGGAAAACGUUUCUCUUUCCUUUAUGCUGAUUUGUUUUUUCAUCUUAUUUUAUUAUUUUUUUUUUGGCAAAAGUUCUUGUAUUCCUUUUUUUAAUGUUAGGUUAGUAGAGGCUUAACCAUAAUGAAAACGCUGGAAGUCUGGAGGGGGAGGGAGAGGGAACUGAUAUCUCCCAAGAUUAACCUUCACUUUUUAAAAAUUACUGUACAUGUGAUUUUUUUUUCCUGUUCAUACAUUUGUGCUGCCCAUGUACUCUUGGCACAUUUCAAUAAAAUUGUUUGGAAAAUAAACA